GUUCAAAUUCGUUUGCUACGCUCUCGAGAGCGGACGUGCCGUGCGGACAAAAUCCAAAAAAAACCUCAGAGCCCCAAAAUAAAAAUACAAGAAAUAUACCACAAAAGCUAUCUUUGCUUGCGGUUGCGUUUCGUUUGCAUUUAAAUUACAAACAAAAUUACGAAAAAAAAAAACCGUAAAAUUAUUACCAUUUCAAAAUCGUUUAGUGUUCUGUUCCAGAGUGAACUAAAUCUAACAAAAAUAAUUCAAUAUAAAAGUGCAAAAAUCUGUGAAAAUGGAGAAGAACAAUAACAAUCUAAUGGCUGACGAACUACCCAAUGGAAAUGGUCUUCCGAAUAGAAAUGGACAUGGUAUCCCCAAUGGCCAUGGAGGACAUGGCCUGUCCAAUGGCAAUGGUGUGGUCAAUGGCCAGGAAACAGUAGCACCUCCUGCCACUGGCUGGCGUCAGACUCUAUGGAAUAGCUGGGAUGCCUUUGCGGACGUGGCCUGGUUCAUCAUCUGCUGUGUGGGAUUCAUUUUUCAGGACCUCUACUACAUUGUCUUUGGCUAUCCCGAAAAGGAGCUCAACACAGACAUUGCCCUAAUCACCGGUGGUGGCAAUGGCCUCGGUCGCCUGCUGGCCGAGAGACUCGGAAAGAUGGGAACCAAAGUCAUUAUCUGGGACAUCAACAAGAAGGGCAUUGCGGAAACCAUUGAGAUCGUCGAAGAGGCGGGCGGCUACUGCAAGGGUUAUGUGGUGGAUAUAUCAAAGAAGGAAGAGGUCUAUAAGGCGGCCGAUGUCAUCAGAGAAGAAGUCGGUGAUAUUACUUUGCUGAUCAACAAUGCGGGCGUUGUGUCUGGCUUACAUCUGCUGGAUACACCCGAUCAUCUGAUCGAACGCUCGUUCAAUGUGAAUGUUAUGGCACACUUUUGGACGACAAAAGCGUUUCUGCCCAAAAUGAUUGAGAAUGAUCGAGGACACAUUGCCACAAUUGCCUCGCUGGCCGGCCAUGUGGGCAUUAGCAAAUUGGUCGAUUACUGUGCCAGUAAAUUUGCUGCGGUUGGCUUUGAUGAGGCACUGAGGCUGGAGCUGGAAGUCCUUGGCCAUACGAACAUCCGAACCACCUGCAUUUGUCCGUUCUUCAUUCAGGCAACUGGCAUGUUCGACGAUGUGAAUGCCAGAUGGGUCCCCACUUUGAAUCCCAACGAUGUGGCCGAUCGUGUCAUUUCUGCCAUCAGGAAGAACGAGAAACUUGCCGUGAUACCUGGCUUCCUGAAGGCCCUGCUCUCCCUCAAAUGGACCUUCCCCUGGGGCUGUGUGGGUGGUUUGUUGCGACGCCUUGUGCCCGAUGCCUCGCCCCAAGGUCUGCCCAGCUCCAUUGGCGCCGCCGCCACCUCCGCCUCGCCAGUGAACGGCAAGUCAAAGUCUAGUAUGGCCUCAACCACCGCCGCGGAUAUGGCCGCCCUCGAUGCGGAGCUGAGCAGCGUUACCCUGCCGGCGAAGCCACCCUCGAUGCUGAUCCAGCGUACACCGUCGCUGGGGGAGCGAGUCCUCUAAGCGGAGAAUCCGCAGAGUACCGUACCCAGGAUCCCAUUCCACAUUCAAGUUUUUUUUCCGUGUUGUGUGUGCAUUUUAUGAGCGUUACCGCGUUAUG